AUGACGAGUUGGAGAAGAGUGUUGAAGUCCGUACAGGCCCUAGCUGCUCAUGCCCUCCUCUUUGCUUUCACCCUUUUGCUAGUGCUUAAGCUUGAGCGUCUCGUCUGCUGCUCUUGGUGGCUGGUUUUCUUCCCCCUGUGGGUCUUCCACGGGGUUGUUUCCCGAGGGAGGUUUUCCUUACCUGCUCCAUCCCUUCCACACAAUCGUCAUUGGGCUCCAUGCCAUGCAGUUGUUGCAACACCUUUGCUUACAGCAUUUGAGCUCCUCCUUUGCAUUUAUCUUGAGAGUGCUAAUGUUCAUGGUAUUGCAGCUGUAGACUUGAAGAUUGUAUUCCUUCCACUGCUACUGUUUGAAGUAACUAUCUUAAUUGACAAUUUCAGAAUGUGCCGCGCUCUGAUGCCAGGAGAAGAAGAGAAUAUGAGUGAUGAAGCAAUCUGGGAGACUUUGCCUCAUUUCUGGGUUGCAAUCUCUAUGGUUUUCUUCGUUGCUGCUACAGUUUUCACUGUUCUCAAGCUAUCUGGUGAUGUACGUUCUCUUGGCUGGUGGGACUUGUUCAUCAAUUUUGGUAUUGCCGAGUGCUUUGCAUUCCUUGUUUGCACAAAGUGGUCGAACCCAGUGAUCCAUAGAACUUCUCAGUCUAGGGAAGCUGGUUCAUCAUCUACAGCCAUUAGAUAUCUUGAUUGGAACAGUGGCUUAGUGCUUUCCCCCGAGGAGAAUAAUCAGGAAGAAAGAAUCUGUGGCUUGCAAGACAUUGGUGGCCAUAUCAUGAAGAUUCCACUGAUUUGCUUCCAAGUCCUCCUUUGCAUGCGUUUACAGGGAACACCUGUUGGAGCCAAAAAUAUUCCACUGCCUGUUAUUUUCUGUCCUCUCUUCCUUCUUCAAGGUGCUGGUGUUCUACUUGCUGUCUCAAAAGUGGUAGAGAAACUAAUUCUCCUGUUGCGGACCGAAGCUGGUGCUGGUAGGUACUUCAGAUUUUCAUCGAGACUUCAUGACUGCCUGGGUUUUUUGCACCAUGGUUCCAGACUAAUGGGGUGGUGGUCUAUCGAUGAAGGAAGUAGAGAGGAACAGGCCAGGCUAUACCAGGAGGGUGCUGCUGGAUAUAACACUUUCUCUGGUUAUCCUCCCGAGAUUGUUAAGAAAAUGCCUAAGAAGGAUCUGGCCGAGGAGGUUUGGAGGCUUCAGGCUGCUCUUGGUGAGCAAACAGAAAUUACCCGAUACAGUCAGCAGGAGUUUGAGAGGCUUCAAAAUGAGAAAGUAUUGUGUAGGGUUUGCUUUGAAGGCGAGAUCAAUGUUGUACUGCUUCCAUGCAGGCAUCGGAUUCUUUGCAGCACAUGCUGUGAGAAGUGUAAGAAGUGCCCAAUCUGUAGGGUUUCCAUCGAGGAGCGGUUGCCAGUGUACGAUGUCUAG